UAAUUCCUCAUAACUUGUGCGCCAGUGUUCUCGAGCAAGGCACCUCUAACUGCCGUGUUUGAAGACCGCUGUUUAUUUAGCGUCUGGGGAAAUGGUGGAUCUGCUUUCUCUCGACUUUCUCUGGACAGGAAGCACGAGUGAUUAUCCGUCAGUGGAGAGAGCGGAUUUAUGUGGCGCACCGCUCAGACGGCUGCGCGUGCUCACGCUGUGCCGCCGUGCAGAGGUUUGAGGCAGAGACCCUCCUGACCAUCACACAGGGUGGGGUGCACCGAGGAGCUCCGUCCCCGUGCGCCGCCACGCCCCCGCGCUUGGCGCUGUCCGGUGCUCUAGUGCUGAACGCUGGGUGCGAACACAACAAACUGCCUGCAGCGCUGUGGGCUGCCUGCACGCUGCCGUGUUACAUGGAGCCGAAAGGCGGAUCUCCCAGGAUGAAACAGCUUAAAGUUCAGAGGGCUCUCCCGGAAGGACCGCACCGUGGAUGGCCAUGAAGGAAAUGUUUCUCAAGUGUGUUUCCUUUCUUUUUUAAGGAUUUCCUACCAACCCCUCUGAGACGCUCGGGGGUACAUAACUUGCCACCAACAUGAUUUGGGGUGUUUUGUUAUGCUGCCUUCUGACGCCAGCUGCUGGAUAUGAAGCACAGGAGCGACUGCCUUUCUUCCACGGGCAUGUUUUUGAGAACUCACCGCCGUGUUCUAAAGUAAACGGACUGAUUAUUCCGGUGAGGCGCAUCACCGCGCAAAAAUGGUGCCCGGUCUCCGGAACGCACUUCAAACUGUACGGAAACGGCAGUGAAGCUUUCCGAGCCUUCGCUCACCACAAGCGGGGAAGUGUAUUGCUCAGAACUUCCAGGGUUUUAGACAGAGAGACUCGCUCAGAAUACCUGCUGAGCUUAGGUCUGUGCUGCCAGACCUGCGCACCUGGGUCUGUCGUCUUCGACGUUGCGUCGGUAAAAGUGGACGUUUUGGAUACCAACGAUCACAAACCGACUUUUCGCAGUGCAGACAACAUUCACAUAAGUUUACACGACACCACUGCCCUCCGUAGUGUAGUUUACAGGCUGGAGGCUGUCGACGCAGACAGCGGAAAAAACGCAGAGUUGACGUAUAUCUCUGUCCCCCAAAAUGGCAGUUUCUAUGUUGUCCCGAAAACAGGCGAAGUUUUACUGGUCGACUCAAUCCUGGGGCUCCCUUCUAAAGUCAAAUUCUGCGUUUAUGCCAGAGACCACGGAUGGCCCCCUCUGACCAGUAAGGCUGUGUUGGUUACUGUCGCUCCACAGCGGUGGGCGACGCGUCCCGCUGAAUUAGCGGGGACAGCGAGGGCAGGGCGUUCGCCCAGGGCAUUACUUGACCCUGGCUCCGUGGUUUCUCUUAACGUGUCCGAAGACGCCAGCAUCGGCUCGGUCAUAACGAGCUUGAGCCCCACCAGAUUUCAAUCAGCCAGCUACGAGUUGAUUUACCCGGAGUCAGAGAGCUCUCCGGUCAGCGUGGGCCGCGACAGCGGAGAUAUCACAAUAACCAGGAGGCUGGAUAGGGAGGCAGAGCCGUUCGUGGAGCUCACUGUAAAGAUUCAAGAUAAAAGAGGCCCAGACUGGUACCUGAACAAGGUGAAGUUGAAGAUCACUGAUGUCAAUGACAACGUCCCUGAUUGGAAUAUGAAGCCGUACCCUUACCUGGCUGUCGUAUCCCCCGAGGCCCCUGCGGGAACGUUUGUCUACCAGCUCCAGGCUCAUGAUGGGGAUGAGGGUAAAAGUGGAGAGGUGGAAUACUUUUUGUCAGAUGGCGGUGAUGGCUGCUUUGCUGUUGACAAGAAGACAGGCCAGGUGGUGACCACAGGGCUGGUGCUUCAGAGGGAGAGAGAGUACUUGUUAAGCGUGGUGGCCCUUGACGGCAUGGGGAGCCGCAGUGCCCCCGCCAUGCUCUCUGUGGUGGCGGGAGCUAGAGCGCCGCAGUUCACCAAUACAAGCUAUGCCAUCUCAAUACCAGAAAACACACCCGAGGGACAGCCAUUCUUCAUGGCUGCCUCGGUUCAGGUGUUGAUAACGGAUGAGAAUGAUUGUGUCCCAGAGUUUCUUCAGUCCAUCUAUAGUGUGGAUGGAGUCCCCGAGACUGUAACCACGGCAACGUCCCUGCUGCAGGUGUUAGCCACGGACUGUGACUCGGGGUUAAAUGCUGAACUCACCUAUUACACCCUGAGCCCGGACUUCAGCAUUUCACCCCACGGGACUGUUUUCCCAGCGAGACGGCUUGACUAUGAGAGGCCUAAUCAUCUGUAUGAGUUUGUGGUGAUGGCGGUGGACAGUGGGGACGAACCUCACUCUGGCACUGCCACCGUCCGUGUGAGGAUGGCGAAUGUCAACGACGAAGCCCCUGAAUUCUCCCAGCCUGUAUAUCGAACAUUCGUUUCUGAGGAUGCAGGCCCCAACACCCUGGUUGCAACAGUUCUGGCCAAAGAUCCAGACGGCGAUGCUAUAUUCUACUCCAUAACAGCAGGCAACGAGGAAGAAAAUUUUGUCAUUGACAGCCAGAAAGGAUUGAUUCGUCUCCGCUCGACUCCCCUGCCCAAGCUUCAAGGUUUGGAGUACGUCCUGAAUGUAACGGCCACAGAUGACAAUGCAUCAGGCGGACCACACCCUCUGUCUUCGACUGCCCGGGUCAUCGUUGGGGUUGAUGAUGUCAACAACAACAAACCUAUAUUUGAGGAGGUGAGGAAGACAACCCUGGUACUUUUAGUACAUUUCGUUUUUUACUUAAUCCCUACAAAAAAAAUGGUUAAAUCCAAGAAGAUAAACAAAACACUGUGUGGUAUUGCCGUGCGCGUGUUUGAUCAUUAUUCUGUAUUUACAGGAGUGAUUGUGACAGCCCGGCGCUUCGACAGGGAGCGGCAAAGAGAGUAUUCGAUCACAGUAACGGCUACUGAUUGGGCGGAGGAGCCACUGAUCGGCAUCUGUCAGCUAACCAUCCAAAUACUGGACCAAAAUGAUAACAGCCCCAAGUUUGAGAAUUUGCGCUAUGAGUAUUUUUUGAGGGAAGACACUUUGGUCGGUACCAGUUUUCUGCGUGUUGCUGCUCACGAUGAUGACUUUGGCACUAAUGCAGCUAUCACUUACGCCAUGUCUCUGGAGCAGCCUGAGUACCUGCAGGUCAACCCCAUCACUGGAUGGGUCUAUGUUAACCAGCCCAUCUCACAGCGGACCUAUAUUACAAGGGAUAUCAUAGCAACUGAUGGUGGGAAUCGUAGCACUUCUGUGGAGCUGGCAGUCACCAUCACCAAUGUGAAGAACCAGCCUCCACAGUGGGAAAAAGAAAGCUACAGUGUUGUCAUCCCUGAAAACACUGCCAGGGACACACCCAUAGUGACAGUCAAGGCAACGUCUCAGCUGGGUGACCCGAGAGUGACCUACAACCUCGAGGAUGGGAUGGUCCCUGAAACCAACAUGCCCGUCCGUUUCUACCUCUCUCCCAACCGGGAAGAUGGUUCUGCGUCCAUUCUGGUGUCCGAGCCGCUGGACUAUGAGACCACACCGUUUUUCUCUCUUCAAGUCCGGGCGCAAAAUGUGGCUGCAGUGCCGCUUGCAGCUUUCACAAGAGUUUAUGUGAAUAUUACAGACGUCAAUGACAACGUACCGUUUUUCACAUCCUCCAUCUACGAGGCCUCAGUGACCGAAGGAGCCCAGAUAGGGACUUCAGUUCUGCAAGUAUCCGCCCAUGACAAAGACCUGGGCCUUAACGGAGAGAUCACUUACUCUCUGCUGAGCGACAGCAGUGGAGACCACAAUCUGUUUCGUAUCGACCCAGAACUUGGGAUUAUCUACACAGAAGCUGUCUUUGACCGUGAGGCCCGUAGCUCCUACUUACUGGAGGUUCAGUCAGAAGAUGGCCAAGAGUCAGCUCGACCUGGGAAGUACAAACAGCCCAACACAGACACAGCGUAUGUGAGAGUUUUCAUCAGCGACGUCAACGACAACAAACCGGUGUUCGCUCAGCGACUGUACGAAGUCGGCGUUGAUGAGAAUGCAGAUGUGGGCCUGGCUGUUGUCACUGUUAGCGCUAAUGACGAGGAUGAAGGGGCCAACGCCAAGCUGCGCUACCAGAUAACAUCUGGCAACAAAGGUGGUGUCUUUGACAUCGAGCCAGAGGUUGGGACGAUCUUUAUUGCGCAGCCAUUGGACUAUGAGCAGCAGAAGAGGUACAAGCUUCUGAUUCUCGCCUCAGAUGGGAAAUGGGAAGACUACGCUGCGGUGGUAGUUACUGUGGUUAAUAAGAAUGAUGAGGCGCCUGUGUUUUCCAUGAAUGAGUACUACGGAUCUGUCACAGAGGACACCGGGACCAUCUCCGUGGCAGCUGAGGGGCUCGAUCGUGAGCGUGCCGACACACACCAUAUGGUGGUAGAGGCUCGGGAUGGUGGCGGCAUGACGGGCACAGCUACCGUCACUAUAGUGGUGACGGACAUCAACGACCAUGUGCCAAAGUUUCGAGAGGACCGGUGCGGCGCUCGUGUACCUGAGAGCGCAAAGGAAGACGCUCCGAUCCUGGAGCUGAGCGCUGUGGAUCCCGAUGCCGGCUCGUACGGACAUUUGGCCUUCAGCGUGAUGGCAGGAGACCCUGAUCAGAGAUUCUACAUGGUUAGCCACAGACUGGAGCAGAGGGGCACUCUGAGGCUGAAGAAAAAGCUGGACUUUGAGCAGCCAGGGGAGCAAAGGUUUAACCUCACCAUCAAAGUGGAGGACACUGACUUUUCCAGCCAGAUCCACUGUCUGGUUCUGGUGGAGGAUGAGAAUGAUAACGCCCCUGUUUUUACCCCAGGCUCGUAUCUGCCGCCUCCUUUGCCGGAGGAUGUAACUAAAGGAACCAGCGUCAUCCAGGUUGUGGCCACUGACUCCGACUCUGGUCCGAACGGUGACAUUUCGUACAGUAUUCUCCCCGAGUCGGACCCGUAUGGACAUUUUGCAGUCAGCGGUGCAGGCGUGGUCACAGUCGCUAGGCCGCUGGAUCGAGAGACAGUAGCAGGUUAUGAGCUGGUCGUCAUGGCGACAGACCGGGGUACCCCGCCGUUGAGUGGCAGCGUCACGGUCCGCUUGCCGUUGCUAGAUGUGAAUGACAACGGGCCAGAGCUGGAGACAGCCUACAUUCCCAUGCUGUGGGAGAACAGUCCAGUGCCUCAAGUGGUCUGGCUCAAUAGGAGCUCAACUCUUCUGUAUGUCACUGACAAAGACUCCCCAGAGCAAGGGCCUCCUUUUUAUCUCUCCCUGCCCUCUGUGUACUCUACUGACUUCCACCUGCAGGACCACGGGAAUGGCUCUGCCACGCUCACCGCUCUGCGGAGAUUCGACAGGGAAAGGCAGAGCGAGUUCCACUUGCCUGUUAUUAUGAUUGACAGCGGCGAGCCACCGAUGACAGCCACAAACACUCUCACCAUCACUAUUGGCGAUCAUAAUGAUAACGCCCAUCAGGCAGGAGAGAAAGAUGUCUACGUACACAGCUACAAGGGAAGGAUAGCGAAUGCAGCACUGGGGAAGGUAUAUGCCCCAGAUCCAGAUGACUGGGACAACAAAACCUACACUCUGGAGACGAGUGCAGCUAAGUACUUCAGUGUGGACCAGAGCUCAGGAGAGCUAAGCCUGCGACAGAACAUUCCAGGUGGCAGCUACUGGCUGAGGGUUGAGGUGUCUGAUGGUGUGUGGCCUGAUGUAGUCUCAGGAGUCAGAGUUCAUGUCAGGGAGCUGGAGGAAAAGGCCAUCGUAUCGUCUGCCUCACUGCGUUUGACCGGCAUUACAGCAAAAGAUUUUAUCGACUCUCGUGUCGAGGGGAAGAGUCGGCUCGAGGCGUUCUGGGACUUCCUGUCUGAAACCUUGUCUGUCAGACCAGGGAGUAUCAACGUUUUUAGCAUCGCAGACAGAGACGAAAAAACUGUGGACAUCCACUUCAACGUGCUAACUGAUAAUGGCUACUUGCGCCCAGAGAAGCUGCACGGUGUCCUCGACGCACAUAAAAAGAAGCUGCAGUCAGUAUUGCGUGCGAACGUGCACCAGGUGCAAGUAGAUGAGUGCGUGCACACCGAUUGCAAGACAUCCGGCGGCUGCUCCACACAGUUAAGCAUCGGUGACUCACCCACCUUGAUAGACUCGGGUGCUUUAUCCCUGGUCUCAGUGAAAGUAACAACCUUGGCUGUGUGUGGCUGCGCUGCCAGAGAGAUGACCCAUCAACGCUGCUCUACCUACUCCAGUAACCCCUGCCUUAAUGGGGGAACCUGCAUCGACACGCAGAACGGAUACAGGUGCCAGUGCCCCCCACAGCUUGAGGGGCCAGACUGUCAGCAGAUGAGAGUUAGUUUCCUUGGCAACGGCUAUGCCUGGUUUCCCCCCAUCAGGCCUUGCUUUGAUAGCCAUCUUUCACUGGAGUUUAUGACUGAGGAAGAUGACGGACUGCUACUGUAUGCCGGCCCGAUGGCCACUCUUAUGCCUGGGGACAGCGAAGACUACAUGGCCAUAGAGCUGAUUGGAGGGACGCCUAGCCUGAAAAUUAACCAUGGUUCUGGGACCUUGGUGCUCCAGUUAACAAACAAUGUCGGAGUGGCUGAUAGACGCUGGCAUCGCCUCGAUGUGAGGAGCAACAGUAAAGAAGUGCGCUUUACUCUGGAUCGAUGCUCCACUGCAAUUGUCAUGGAGACAGAAGGCGUAGACUCGUGGGCAAUGACAGAGGACCGCUCAUCCUGUGAAAUCCGAGGAGUCACACCUAACAGGGGAAGGUAUUUCAAUGGAAGUCAUGUUCUGCAGCUCGGAGGGAUCAAUGAGAACAUGUCGUAUGAAUAUCCCCAGCUACAGCACAAACACUAUACUGGAUGUAUAAGGAACUUGCGUGUGGACAGCAAGCUGUAUGACCUUGGUUCCCCUGCUGAAUCCUACAACACAUUGCCAGGCUGCACGCUCAUUGAUGACCACUGCGCCAGCCUGGAGCAGCUUUCCUCUUGUGGCAAGAGGGGUCACUGUCACGGGGACUGGGGCUCUUUAAGCUGCCUGUGUGAAAAAGGCUUUACAGGGCCACAGUGCGAUCAAGUGGCUCGAGAGUUCUCCUUUGACGGCCGGAGCCACAUUCAGUUCCACCUGCUUUGGUCCCUACCGGCGCGACAGGCUAGCGUCGAGGUUGGGGUGCGAACGCGUGCAGCCGCCGGCGUUAUCCUCAGCCUGCUUUCCCAGGAGCAGAACGAAUACCUGCGUUUAGAGGUUUUUCAGGGUCAUCUGGCUGUUUUCUACAACCUUGGAGAUGGAGACUACAACAUCACACUGCCUUACCAUCGCCUGGAUGAUGGAGACUGGCACGAGGUGGAGCUGUACCGAUAUGGGAGAGAGUUCACCCUGCGACUUGACAGAGGCGGAGGACGGCGAGAGGUAACGGCCUCACCCGGACAAAGUCGGGAGAUCAUCAUUGACCCUGCCGCGGUGAUGCUCGGAAACUCUUUUCCCUCGGGACAUAACAGGAGCUUUGUGGGUUGCUUAAGGGAUUUGAGGUUUAAUGGGCGCUCCAUCUCCCUGGAUGAGGAGCAGCCUUCAGAGGGGAUUCAGGUGGUCACUUCACAGGGGGUCUCUGUCGGCUGUGCUUCAGAUGCCUGCAGGAAGCACCACUGCUCCCCUCCCUUGGUCUGCGUGGACCUCUGGAGGCACCACGAGUGCAGAUGCCCCCCAGGCCACAUAACCAAAGAGAGCUCUUUGGGAAAAGUUUGCGUCUACACACUCUGCGCCAGCCGGCCGUGUCGCCACGGCACCUGCGUGGCUCACUCUCCGUCCCGAUACUCGUGCCGCUGCAGCGAGGGAUACCGGGGCCGGCACUGCGAGGUGACGCUCGCCAUGUUCCACGAAGACAGCAACAGCCUCAGCCUGAGCUCCAUGUUCGCCAUCAGUAUCUGUAUGAGGGCGAUGCUGGCUUUUCUUUUGUUGAUGCUGGGCCUGUUUCUCUACUCCUGCUGGAGGAGACACAAGGGCCUAAAGGAGGGCGUGUACCAUGUGUCUGCGCAUCACGGCGAGUGGGAGGACAUCCGAGAGAACGUGCUCAACUACGACGAGGAAGGUGGAGGAGAGCAAGAUCAGAAUGCCUUUAACAUGGUGGAGCUGCAGCGCUCCCUCCAGCCAAGCCCAGCGCAGUCACUCCGAUAUAGUUAUCCUCAAAGCAUCAUCUCCUACCCGCAGACUAAGCCCGCCCAGGACAACAACAAAAACGGCACGUCUAAUGGAAAUGGCAGUGCCGCAAUUGCUCUACGUCUGGCAAUUCCUCCGUCAGAGACAGAAACCUUGCCGUCCCCUCUGACCUUCCGCCGCUCCCAGAAAACCCUGUCCUUCUCCAGCCAGGACUUGGCCCGCUACCUUUGUGAGGUCAUCAGAGACAUGGAUCGCCCUGAGGAUCUCGGCACUAUGACCACACCACGGCGUCCUGCAGGAAAGGAGCGCGGCCUCGCGGGUGUGCGCUCUCUCAGCUCCCUAAGUGCAACUCAGGGUUCAGAAGUCAGACUCCAGGCAGCCCCAAGCACGCGGCUGGACAGGUUCAAAAACCUCCGAGCUGUGGUUAGCGAUUUAAGAAGAGACUCCAAGACUCCGGAGGGCCAGAGAGACAAACUGAAGGAGAGCAGGGGGCAGCCGAACUGUGAGAAAAGCGGAUGAGGUUGCACUCACAGAAACAGAACUGAAAGUUGCGAGAGAAAAAAAAGCAACGGGAAUCAAAAGUCGCUGGUUGAAAUCCAAAGGGAGAUAAUUAAAUGUGAUAUACUUUGAGACUGGGAGGUUUGGGGUCUGUGAAGUCUGCUAUAAAUGUACUGUAUUGAUGAAACUUUGAACAUUUCUGUUCUUUGAUAUGAACCAUGUUUACCAAUGAAUGAUCAGAUGUGAUGUAUUGUUUACUCGGCAUUGCACUGUACAGUAUUUACUCUGCAGAAAGCACUUUUUGGAAGCACUCUGUGUCAAAACUACUCAUGUCAUAAAACUCAUAAGAGUAACGUCUGAAAGCAAGACUCCAAAUGAGUUUCCUGUGAGAUAACUUUUCUGUUGCUGUCAAUGACUCAUGAAAUUAAUUAUGUGAAAAAAAACAAUUUUGUUUCAUUUGUAUUAUCUAUUUCCUUUUCAAUAAAUGAAUAUCUUUGAUAAUAUUU